AUGGAUAGUAAAAAAACAGGAAUGCGUUGCUCUGUACAAUUUUGCAAAAGUAAAGCAAGUACUAGGAAUAUAAGUUUCUUCCAAUAUCCAAAAGACGAUCGUCUAGCAUUAUGGACAAAAAAUUGUGGUACAGAAAAUUUGACUGAAGAACUAUCAAAAAAAAAUAGCUAUAAAGUAUGUGGGGAUCACUUUGUAGAUUCAAUGUUUUUGAACUCCACAACAAAAAACCGACUAGUUUUCAAUGCUAUUCCAACAAUAUUUAAUGAUGAAAUAAUGUUUGAAAGAACUAAAUUGGCCAAAUUACAGUUGAAAACCGAUGUAGAUCCACAGUAUUUUGAUGAUAAUUCAAAAGACCAGAGUAGCUGUAGUAGUUCAAUUCCAGGCACUGAAGGAUUAAGAAGUCAUUUUAGUGGAUCCAUGAAUACUUCUGAUGCUUCAAAUGAAUCUUGUAGCUCAAUCACAACUACUGAUUCUUCAAAUCAAACACCUGGAUACUUAUCGGCAAAUACACCAAGGAAACAAAAACUAGUCACGGAGAUUAAAUCUGGAAAACAAGAAAUAAAAAAUUUAAAGAAGACUGUAGUAAGUCUAAGUCAACAAUUAGCUAACUAUGAUACAGUUGAAAAAUUUUUAAAAUUAGCUGAAAAAUAUUUAUCACCUGGAUUAUUUACAAUUGUCAAAUCCCAAAUGAAUUUUAAAAAAAAACAAAAAGAAGGUUAUAGAUAUAAUAAUGAAAUUAAACAAUUAGCAUUAAAUAUUUAUUUUUUAGGACCUAGAGUCUAUAAACUUUUAUUAAAUACUCUUUCACUACCAUCAAUUUCUACUUUAAAACGGUUAACUCAUAAAUUUGAAAUGAUACCAGGCUUGAAUGAAUUUUUUUUUAAUAUUAUUAAGUAUAAAAUUAAAUAUUUUACUGACGAAGCUAAAGAAUGUGUUCUCUGUGCAGAUGAAAUGGCCUUAAAAUCAAACCUCUAUUAUAUGUUAAACAAAGAUGAAAUUAUAGGGUUUCAUCAAACAAAUAAGACAAAGACUUAUACUCCUGCCAAGUAUGCAUUUGUUCUAAUGGUUAGAGGAAUAAAUGUUAACUGGAAACAACCAAUUGCAUACUUUUUAGUAUCAAGUAGUUGUACCGGAUAUGACUUGCAGGAUAUUAUUUUUGAAACUAUUCGCAAACUUUUUGAUAUAGGAUUAAAUGUAAAAGCUUUUAUUACAGAUAUGGGUUCUAACUUUGUUAGUUUCAGUAAAAAUGUUAAUGUUACCCCAGCCAGGCCUUUUUUUAAAGUUGGUGAAAAAAAAAUAAUAUAUAUAUUUGAUCCUCCCCAUUUAUUAAAAUCAACAAGAAAUAUGUUUUUUCAACACAAUUUUAAAUUUAAUAAUAACUUAAUUGAAAAAAAACACUUAAUAUCAUUUUUUGAACAAGACAGUAAAUGUAAUUUAAGAACAGCCCCAAAAUUAACACAUUCUCAUAUUUUUCCUGGACCAUUUGAGAAAAUGAAAGUUUUUUUGGCUGCGCAAGUGUUUAGUCAAAGUGUAGCAGCCGGCAUGGAGACUUACCUUGUUAGUAAUAAAUUGGAGUCUUCUUCAAAGGCAACAAUAGAUUUUAUAGAAAAUAUUGACAAACUUUUUGAUAUCUUCAAUUCUUCAAGAAGGCCAACUUCAAAAAAUUUCAAUAGACCCUUUAAACAAACAAAAGAACAAGAAGACCAUUUAAAAUAUAUGCAUAAUUUUUUUACAAAUUUAAUUAUUAUUAGCAAAAAAGAACAAACUGAUGUUACUAACCGGAUGAAAUUUAUUAAUGGUUGGUUGAUCUCCAUAACUGGCUUGCUGUUACUUUGGAAAGACUUAAAAUCAACAAGACCAUUAAACCAACAAGAAAAUUAUGUUUUAUACACUGCCAGAUUAAACCAGGAUACUAUUGAGAAUCUUUUUUGUACAAUUAGACAACAAAAUGGCAAUAACACUAAUCCAACUCCUUAUCAAUUUUUGUUUGCAUUUAAAAAAAUUUUUUUACUUAAUUAUUUUCAACACUCAGAAAAAGCAAAUUGCAUAAAUGAUUUGGAUGCAAUUUUAACUCAAAUACCCACUGAUUCAGACUUAGACAUUAGCACCCUAUUUGCUGAUAAAACACCCUUUCAAUUUAAAAAAACGUGUCCACUUUCUAUAGGACAUGUUGAUUAUAGAAAUUUAGAAAUUCCUGAACAAAAUGCAUUCAUUUAUGUUUGUGGAUAUAUUAUGAGUAAAUGUCUAACCAAACACUCAUGUGAAAUAUGUUUAGAGUAUGCAAAAACCCAAAAAAAUUUAGAUCCUUCAUUUUUGUUAUGCUUUUUUAAAGCGUAUGAAAAUGCUGAAAAAUCAACUUUUGGAAAUUUAAAUAUGCCCCAUGAAAAUUUUUACAAUUAUGUUUAUAGCUUGGAAUCUGAAUUUAUAAAUAGUUUUCCUAUUUUGUCUGUUGAAAAAGGAAUAGGCGAUAAACUUAAAAUGAGAAUGCUUAAUAUUGAUUAUGAACAUCCAUGUCCCAACUUUGAUAAAGAUUACUUACUGAAUUUUUUUUUGCGUUUUAGAAUUUAUGCUUCAAUUAAAUUUUUAAAUAGACAUUUGGUAUCUGAAAAAAAAAUCAAAAACAGAAAGUUAGCAAUUUUGCAGCAUUUGUAA